CAUUGUCUAAUCUUGGGAUUUCUUGUUUUUUUUUGGAGAUUCAAUGAAAACCCUCCCUUUCUUGGCCCUGUCUUGAAGUAAAACUCCAGAAAGAGUCAUUUUCAAGAAUCAAAUAUGGUGCAAAGAAAGGUUCCUGAUAAGCUUGGGAUCCACCCAGCUGAUCUUCAUCAUCAUUCAAGAAAGGUCAAUAACAAGCUAAUGCUUUCUCUAGAAGCAUCAAAUUUGCAUCAACACCAAGAUUUGAAAAGCAGCAUAGGAACUGACCUGAAGAAGAAGAUGAUGAAGAAGAAGAAAUCUGGCAAACCAAAGCUUUCUGAGCUUGAAAGCGUGCGGCCCCACCAAAGGAACUCGCCAUCGCCGCAGACGCAUUUGGGGGCUUCUUCGAGCUCGACCCCGAAUUACAUGAAGUCUACCAGCAGUUCAGAUGCAAGGAAAGAUAAGUGUCAGGUGAGUUCCAGAAGCCCACAGUCUGUUUCUUCUUCUAAGUGCAAAAACACCACAAGAAUGUCAAAGUCAGGUGGCCAUAACCCCUCAAGAACUGGUUUAACUAGCACUAAGACGACUACAAGUUUGAAACUUGUGAGGGCUUUGACAAAAGCUCCUAGUUUUAAACCAGCUAGGGUUUCUUCUUCCAAGAAAUGUCCUCAGGUUGUCUUCUGCGAGAGUGGUUUAGAUGUACAGAGAGCUACUUGCUCUUCGACAUUGAAGGAUUCGAAGUUUCCAUGUUACCUGGAACUUAAUCCUGGCGACACUACUUCUGCAAUGAAGGUCUGCCCUUAUACUUACUGCUCUCUCAACGGUCAUCACCAUCUUCAAUUACCUCCGUUGAAGAGCUUCUUGUCAGCAAGGAGACUGUCUAUGAAAGCAAAUAGGAACUUGAGAAAAGGAUGUUCUUCUCCCUGUCCAGCAAGGCCCACUGGAGUGAGCCUUGCCGAAGAUGUUCCAAAUUGGCAACAAGAGAAAUUGGACUUUACCGUUGAAAUAUACUGCAAAGAAGGGGCAGAAACGGCAAAGAAUUGCAGCUUGGACAGUUCACCUCAAAUUGGUCCUUCUGAGCCUACCCAUUGCUUCAAUGGUGCUCAGGAAGAGGUGGAAGAGAAGGGAGAUCUCUUCCCUGUAAUAGAUUAUUCAAGUGCAGGAGAAUCGGAUAUGGACUGGGAGGGGAUAGUUGAAUCGACCAAUCACAUCGAAGAACCUGAUCUUGAAGUGGAUUGUAUAGAUGUGAAGGCCUGUGAUGUUAUAAAAGAACCCAUCUCACUAUUGAAGGCGGAAGACAAAGCCAGUUGCAGCUCUGAUGAUUUUGUUGCAGAAAAGAUGGAGCAAGAAUCAUUUGAUGAAGAAAGUGUGACCUCCGAAGCAUGUUCUUUAAGUGGUGAAGAUUCAAAUUCCUCCAUUUCUUGCUUGGGGUCUGAUUUCAAAGGUUGUGAUAAUCAACCAGCCACCCAUAAUGAAGAUGAGAAAGAAACCACUCAAACACGCUUCCUUGUUUCGGAUGAGCUGACAGAAGAAGAAAUCUGCAAGGAUUUUUCAGUUCCUUACGAGGAGAAAGUGAUACUCCAAGAAGAUGAUGUGAUGACUCCAAUGCAAGAAAAUCAUCAAGAAUCUAAGGAUCCACACGGAAAGAAUGCUGUUCCAAACCAGUGUGAUACAACUAGUAGUGAAUCAGAAGAAGCAACUCAAGACGAAUCAAUUGAAACCAGUGAAGAUGGAAUCCAGAAGCCCCCAGAGAAUGUCAGUGAUCAACAGAUUUACAAUGUGGAGAAUGAAUGGUCUUCCAAUAUAAAAACACAGAAGACAUCAAAAGUGCCUGAAGAACAAAAUGCAGGCAUUGAAGUGCCUCCCAGCUUGAGAAGAACAUCCAGAGGCCACAAUAGGCUGCUCAUUGAGGAGGACGAACCGAGAGAUUUCAAUCCACGAGGCCCAAAUUUCCUCCCCCUGAAGCCUGUUCCAGAAGCUGAAAGUGUUGAUCUCAAGCACCAAAUGAUGAAUGAAAGAAAGAACUCGGAGGAAUGGAUGAUUGACUACGCACUCCAACAAGCAGUAAGCAAGCUUGGCCCUGUUCGCAGAAAGAAGGUGGCAUUGCUAGUUGAAGCCUUCGAAACGAUCUCACCAAUUCCCAAAUGCGAACCCCAUCUGAGGCAAAACACGAAUUUGUUCCCACCCAGCAGAUUCAUCCAAGCCUGCAAUUGAUACAAUCUCAGACAUUAUAAUCUAAGGAGUAUUUCAUACUGAAGCGGAGCUGAUGAAGAAUCUCCAUUCAUGAAUCUACUGCUUCAGAAACAGUAUCAUCAUCAUCAUCAUCAUCAUCAUCAUCAUCAUGUGACUGUUCCAGUUCCUCGUUGGGAGAUCAGAUAACGCAGAUUUAUAAAAGCAGCAGCAUUCAGACAGUCUAUGAUGUAUUGAAUGUGUGAUAACUGAAAGCAACUGACUAACUAUGUUCUAUGUUCUAAGUUUCUUUUCGUUGGAUGAUGCCCAUCCAUCAUCUCCUAUCGUUGUGUAAUUUCAACUUCUACUGGUUUGUGUGGUUUGAUUUGAAGGUUUUAUUCUAAGACGAGAUCUGUUAUCGGGUAGGAUGCAUCAAUUGCGAUUCAUGAUUCAUGAACAGUGAAUAAUCCUUAUAGAAAUGGGCGGCAUACCGAAAUAGUGGCUGCGCUAAGCCCU